CGCCCCGCUCGCCGCACUUCCAGCUCCCCGCGCCGCGGCACUUCCUGCCUUCCGUGCCCGCGCCGCCCGCCCUCUCCCGUGCCUGCCGCCCGCCGCCCGCUGCCCGGCGUCGUCCCCGGAGGUGCCCCCGGCCCGCCCGGGUCGCCGCCCCGCUCGCCGCCCCGCGAUCCGCUUUGUCUCGGGCGGGGCGCGCGGGAGAGGCCGCUAGGUGCCCCCCGCCGCGGGCCCGGGCCCCCCGCCCCGGGGUGGCGGCGGUGGUGCCGGGCCCCGGGGCGGGGGGCGCGCCGGGAUGGGCCCCAAGCGGCGGCAGCUGACGUUCCGGGAGAAGUCGCGGAUCAUCCAGGAGGUAGAGGAGAACCCUGACCUGCGCAAGGGCGAGAUCGCGAGGCGCUUCAACAUCCCGCCUUCCACACUGAGCACCAUCCUGAAGAACAAGCGCGCCAUCCUGGCGUCGGAGCGCAAGUACGGGGUGGCCUCCACCUGCCGCAAGACCAACAAGCUGUCCCCCUACGACAAGCUCGAGGGGUUGCUCAUCGCCUGGUUCCAGCAGAUCCGCGCCGCUGGCCUGCCCGUCAAGGGCAUCAUCCUCAAGGAGAAGGCGCUGCGUAUAGCCGAGGAGUUGGGCAUGGACGACUUCACUGCCUCCAACGGUUGGCUGGACCGUUUCCGCCGGCGCCACGGUGUGGUGUCCUGCAGCGGGGUGGCCCGGGCAAGGGGGCGAAAUACCGUCCCCCGAGCCCCAGCGGCACCUGCCAGCCCGGCUGCUGUGCCCUCGGAGGGCAGCGGUGGAAGUACGCUGGGCUGGGGCGCGCGGGAGGAGCAGCCGCCGUCGGUGGCCGAGGGCUACGCCUCGCAGGACGUGUUCAGCGCCACUGAGACCAGUCUGUGGUACGACUUUCUGUCCGACCAGGCCGCGGGGCUGUGUGGAGGCGAUGGAAGGGUGCGCCAAGCCACCCAGCGCCUGAGCGUCUUGCUGUGCGCCAACGCCGACGGCAGCGAGAAGCUGCCCCCGCUGGUGGCGGGCAAGUCAGCCAAGCCCCGUGCAGGCCAAGGUGGCCUGCCCUGCGACUACACCGCCAACUCUAAGGGCGGUGUUACCACCCAGGCCCUGGCCAAGUACUUAAAGGCCCUAGACACCCGAAUGGCUGCAGAGUCUCGCCGAGUCCUGUUGCUGGCUGGCCGCUUGGCUGCCCAGUCCCUGGACACCUCAGGCCUGCGGCACGUGCAGCUGGCUUUCUUCCCUCCGGGCACUGUGCAUCCAUUGGAGCGGGGAGUGGUGCAACAGGUGAAGGGCCACUACCGCCAGGCUAUGCUGCUCAAAGCCAUGGCCGCACUAGAAGGCCAAGAUCGCUCAGGCCUGCAGCUGGGCCUCAUGGAGGCCCUGCACUUCGUGGCUGCAGCCUGGCAGGCAGUGGAGCCUUCAGACAUAGCCACCUGCUUCCGUGAGGCCGGUUUUGGGGGUGGCCUUAAUGCCACCAUCACCACUUCACUCAAAAGUGAGGGAGAGGAAGAGGAGGAGGAGGAGGAAGAAGAAGAAGAAGAAGAAGAGGAGGGUGAAGGGGAAGAGGAGGAGGAGGAAGAAGAAGAAGGCGAGGAGGAGGAGGAGGAAGCAGGAGAAGGAGAGGAGCUGGGAGAGGAAGAAGAAGUAGAGGAGGAGGGUGAUGUUGAUGACAGUGAUGAAGAAGAUGAAGAAGAAGAAGAGAGCUCCUCUGAGGGUUUGGAGGCUGAGGACUGGGCCCAGGGUGUAGUGGAGGCUGGGGGCAGCUUUGGGGGUUACGGUGCCCAGGAGGAAGCCCAGUUUCCUGCCCUCCGUUUCCUGGAAGGUGAGGAGGACUCUGAUUCAGACAGCGAGGAAGAGGAGGAUGAAGAAGAGGAUGAGGAAGAUGAAGACGAUGAAGAUGACGAUGAGGAUGGUGAUGAGGUACCUGUACCCAGCUUCGGGGAAGCCAUGGCUUACUUCGCUAUGGUCAAGAGGUACCUUACCUCCUUCCCCAUCGAUGACCGGGUGCAGAGCCACAUCCUCCACUUGGAACAUGAUCUGGUCCACGUGACCAGGAAGAACCAUGCCAGGCAGGCGGGAGUUCGGGGUCUUGGACAUCAAAGCUGAGCUUCUGGGCAUACAUGUGCCCCUGACCCAGAUGGGCAGUACCAGCCCAGGGCAGAGAACCCCCUGGGCAGCCACUGGGGAUGGAGCCAGAGGGGGGAGCCCCAGGGCCUUUAGUGAUGCUUCCCUUGGCCCUGAGACAGGCCCAAGGGCUGAGGUCUGCCUCACUAUCUGCUUAUUGCCUCUUUCUCAGAAUCCUCUUUCCUCCCCAUUUGCCCCUGGGCUCGGGGGACCAGGUGGGGUGGGUGGGGAGCUGUCCGGUGCUACCACACCAUGCCAUCAGUGGACUAGACCACAACAGCAGCCAGGGAUAGGCCCUGGAAGCUCCCGGCCGGAGAGUGCCUCUCCCCCGCACCAUCCAACCAGGUCUUUGGUGGGGGGAACCCAAAGCCAUUCUGGGAAGGGCUCCAGAGGAAGGUCCAGCCUAGGCCCCCACAAGGCUGGCAGGCCCCCCCAUCCCCACCCUGCCCUCACCCCUGGGCCACCUCAAGAAGCACAGUCUAACUUACAGCAGGCUCCUAAGCCUGCUCUGCCUGCUUUCCACCUCCCUAAUCCCUUUCUCUGGCCCAGUCUGUGUGACUUUGGCCCUUGGUUUUCUUUCCAGAUUGGAGGUUUCCAAAAGGCCCUCCAGAGGAGUGACGGUGAGCACCUCCCUUGUGGGCAGCUGCAGGCCUCGUGCCUCUUUUCCCUCUCUGGCAGGGCCCUAUCCUGGGCAGAGGGGCCUGGGGCUGGGCCCAGAGUCCAGCCAUCCAGCUGCUUCCUUCCCAGUUUGAAUUCAAUAAAUCUGUCCACUCCCCUUUUGUGGGGGUGAACGUUUUAACAGCCAA